AUGCCUAAGUCCCAGUCCAAUCUUACUGGCUCCGAUAAGCCUAACACGGUCGCAUACGGCAAAUGGGACUCCUUUUCUUGGGAGCCCUUCCCUGAAUGGGAGGGCACCAAGGCUAUUAUGUUCCGCUCAUCGGAUGGCAAGCGAGUUGCUGGUGCUUUCCGCGAGUCUGCAACCGCCAGCAUGACAUACACCUGUGACGAGUUCACAUACGUCACGGCGGGAUGGAUCAAAGCCCAUGUUCAUGGUGGCGAUACAUUCACCCUCAAGGUGGGAGACUGUGUCUACUUUACCAAGGGUCAGACGGUGGACUUUGAGUGCAGCAAGGACUAUGCCAAUGUCUCUGCGUUCUUUGGUACUGAGCCUGUUACUAUCGUUUGA